GGCCCUCCCCCGGCCGGCAGCCUCGCGGAUCCCGCCCCUGCCUCGCUCCCGCCCGCGGCGGCCGCCCGCCCGGCCGAUCUCCCAAGCCGCCGGCCCCCGCGCCCGCCUUCGGCCUUCACCGCCCCCCGCCGAGGACCGACUGCCCAGACCGCGGGUCCCCGGGCUCCCUGGGCGGGGCCGAUCCCAGGGAGCCCCCCGACUGCCUCCCAGAGCUGGGUGGGGAAAGGGAUCUUAGCCCGCCGCCGCCUCCGAGCGGGCCGCCAGGUCCUUGCUCCUUGGUGAAGCCUGUCUGCCCUCAUUUUGCGAGGGGGCCGCCCCAGCUCCAGAGAUCCCUUGUUUGCCAGUGACCAGCUCAGUCAAGCCUGGGAACCACACUCUGGUCUCCGGCGGCCGGCCGGAGAUGGGAGCCCGGCCCUCUCGGCGACGGCUGCCCGCGGACCCGCCCCUAGCCUUGGACGCGCUGCCCCCGGAGCUGCUGGUGCAGGUGUUGAGCCACGUGCCCCCGCGCGCGCUGGUGACGCGCUGUCGCGCAGUGUGCCGCGCCUGGCGCGACGUGGUGGACGGGCCCACCGUGUGGCUGCUGCAGCUGGCCCGCGACCGCAGCGCCGAGGGCCGCGCACUCUACGCGGUGGCCCAGCGCUGCCCGCCCAACAGCGAGGACGAGGAGUUCCCGCUCUGCGCCCUGGCGCGCUACUGCCUGCGCGCGCCCCUCGGCCGAAACCUCAUCUUCAACUCCUGCGGAGAGCAGGGCUUCAGAGGCUGGGAGGUGGAGCAUGGCGGGAAUGGCUGGGCCGUGGAAAAGAACCUAACACUGGUGCCGGGGGCUCCUUCCCAGACCUGCUUCGUGACUUCUUUCCAAUGGUGCUUCAAGAGGCAGCUUGUAGACUUGGUGAUGGAGGGGGUGUGGCAGGAGCUGCUGGACAGCGCCCAGAUCGAGAUCUGUGUGGCCGAUUGGUGGGGUGCCCGAGAGAACUGUGGCUGCAUCUACCGGCUCCGGGUCCGCCUCCUGGACAUGUACGAAAACGAAGUGGUCAAGUUCUCGGCCUCACCCAACCCGGUCCUUCAGUGGACGGAGAGAGGCUGCCGACAGGUGUCUCAUGUCUUCACCAACUUUGGCAAGGGCAUCCGCUACGUGUCUUUUGAGCAGUAUGGGAGGGACACGCGUUCCUGGGUGGGGCACUAUGGCGCCCUGGUGACCCACUCCAGUGUGAGGGUCAGGAUCCGCCUGUCCUAGCCAGCCAGGCUGAUCCAGCCUUCUAGAAUGUACUGCCAUCUGCCGAACAUCAUCAGUGAAGGGCAGUUUUGCAGCUGGGAACCCAGCCGGGAGCCAGCGGACAGUGGGGGUCCCAUGUGGCCCAUCCCUGGCGGCCCUCUGGUGAACCCCACUUGCUGCUGCUUCAACAUGGUGGCCCACGUGCUGUGCAAGAAACCAGGGAUCCAACCAGGCUGCUCGCAACUUCCCCAGCUUCCCAGGUGGGGAAGUUACUCAAAGAGUAACUCAAGAGAUGUUUACUUUGCUUGCAAAUUGUUUUCUUACACGUGUGGAUGUCAGUUGGUGGACUGAGUCAAAAAACAAAGGCCAAACCAGGAUUUGUAACAGUAGGGGAAAGCCGCUGACAACCCGGGACAGUGACUCCCGUCCACAUGUUUGUGGGGUAAGCCAAUUGCUGGCAGGGAGCAGAGGUUAGGUGGGGCAGUCUCUCCUUGAGGUCACCAACAAGGGCAUCAAAGGGAACCCUUUCUGUGGUCUUGGGGGCCUCUGGGAUUCAGCUGUGGGGCCUGUGUGACCUCCUCCUGCACCACCCAUCAGCACCUGCCCCUUUGGGCCUGGCUGGUGCCAUUUCUUUCCGAAUUCCAAGUUCCUGGUGAUCCUCAAACCAUGUCCCUGCCCCCCCUCCUGCCCCUACCUCAGGGGCAGCUCCCCUUCCGCUGGGCAACAGACUCCUUUCCUCCACUCUCUUGCAUUCAGGCUCCAAGAGCAAGGCGCACCACGAGGGAAAGCGCUUUUGUCUGCCUCCCUAGCGUCUCCCGCCAUUUCCCUGGCUGGGCACAAUAAACUAGCUCAAUAAAAUCGGUGCUAAAUGUGAAA